GUCAACGUUAUUUUGUGCCGUGGUAGUGGAAUCGCGAUUCGUUUGCUGUUUGCCGCAUUCGUAACGCUUCGUUUCAUCGUUUCAGUGACGUGCAGUGUGUAGUGGAUGGUUGUGUGGAACGUAAAAGCGCGUUUGAAAAUGUGCUGAGCUGAGUUUUCCUCAAAAAUGAUAUACCUGUACAGGUUUAUUUUGUUAAGGUGACAUUGUACACUAUCUAGUCAUGUCUUCUUGUGUCAUUCGGAAGAUAGGAGACGCGAAUAUGCAGCGGUGGUUUUUCUUAGAGGACCCCGGCAACGCUGCCAUAAGGGCUGGCAAGGCAGAAACGAUUUUUUCCUGUGAAUCUGUCCAAUCCAUUCAGUUCCCUCCCAGGAAAUGGCUGUUUCGCACUAGGACCCCUCCUAAUCUCAGAAAGGAAGAAGUCGUUUGUGUUAUAGGGGAUUUAGUCGAGUUGGGUGGUUGGCAUCCUGAAAAAUGUAUCCCUUUGCAGAGAGAAGAUGAUUCAGACAUAUGGUCAGGCGAGAUAGAGUUACCGGAUAAGAAAAGGGUGUUUUUCAGGUACUGUGUCUGUAUGAUCAUCGAAGUUGGUAUCCAAGUGAUAGUACGAAGUUGGGAGACUAAUUUGAUGCCUAGGGUAAUCGAUCCCAACUCCAAGUCCCCCACGAUGCAUGAUGAGCCCCACGAGUAUGGCAAUUACGAUAAUUCGUACAGAGUGGACAGUGGCUGGUUAAAUAAGGAAACGAUUAUCCAGUUGAAGCUGUGCAAGAAUCCUUUGACGAUUUUCAGACCGAAAUACCAAAACCGCGUGGUUAACAUUAAAUUAACACCCGUGACCUUAACCCGCCACAACCCUGGCUUUCCUAAGACUAUGUCCGAGGCUCUGGAGGAGUCUCUGAGUGACACUCAGGAUUCCGUGGAAAAUCCCAGGCAUGCCUUCACGGAAGUGGCCAGCUUGCUAGCCGAAGACCCGAGUUUCCAAAUGCAGGGGCAGUUUGGUCAUGAACUUCAAAAGGAUGAUGUGUUGAUUUUCCAUUCUACGGUCCUUUUCCCUGCGAACAUCGCGUUCCUUAUCGACCUUUACAUAUAUAGUUCUCGCUGUGCCGAGGGCGAACCACCUUAUCAUGCGGGGUUCAGUUAUUUGUUACCGACUGCUUUGCAGUCUUCGGAGGGCAGCCUAGUGCUGCCCGUUACCAGUACAAAGCACCGGCCUCUGGGGCAGAUCUACAUAGAAUACCUCCAGAUAGGGCCGAUGCCCAACUUCAAGUGUGACAUGAGUAUUUCUUACGCGAGGCAUUGGAAGAAGACCCGUUCCGGUCUGGACGUUGGCCACAGGGGCUCGGGUUCCAGUUUUAAAAAUAAAGUUCAGAAUUGCGCGGAAGUCAGGGAGAACACUAUCGCUAGCUUGAAGAACGCUAUAGAGCACGGUGCGGAUUUCGUAGAGUUUGACGUGCAGCUCAGCAAGGACAUGGUGCCGAUCAUUUACCAUGAUUUCCACGUGUGUAUCGCCAUGAAGAAGAAGAAGGACCUGCUGGACAGCGACAUGUUGGAGAUUCCCGUGAAGGAGCUUACUUUGAAUCAGCUGAGACUGUUGAAGGUGUACCACCUGUCCGAGGGUAAAACUAAGAACCCCCGGUUCUUCGACGAAGACCUCGACGACCACCAGCCCUUCCCCACGCUGCAGCAGCUCCUGGAGACCCUGGACCCCCACACCGGUUUCAACAUCGAGAUUAAGUGGACCAUGCGAUUGGAGGACGGCACCUACGAACUGUACAACCCGACCGAUCUCAACGUGUACCUGGACACCAUCCUGGAGGUGGUCCUGCGGUACGGCGGGGAAAGGAGGAUCAUCUUCUCCGGCUUCAACCCCGACAUCUGCCAGGUGAUACGGCUGAAGCAGAACAAGUACCCCGUCAUGUUCCUGACGGUGGGGGAGAGCAAGAUCUACGAUAAGUACAGCGACCCGAGGUGUUGGUCCAUUAAGUCUGCCGCUCAGUAUGCUGUGAUGAUAGAGAUGUUAGGGAUUAACGUGCACACCGAGGACCUGCUGAGGGAGCCUUCUCUAGUAAAACUCGCCACCAACUUGGACCUGGUGAUAUUCUGCUGGGGCGACGAGAACGCCGACCCCGCCACCAUAAAGUUCCUUAAAUCGCUCGGCCUGCACGGCGUCAUCUACGACAAGAUCCACGAGUACUCCGGCAAGGAGGUCAAGGAGAGCAUCUUCCUGGUGGAGGCUAGGGAUUCGCAGAAGGAGCUGCUGAAGGUGGCGGCGGCGAACGCCGAGUCUCCCCAGAGCCCCCCGCCCCAGCCGGUGCUCAAGGAACGGGUGCUGGACUACGCCAAGGCUAAAGAUCAGAUCGGGGACGUCAUGUCGACCGCUACGUCUCUGCAGAGUCUGGAGAGCCGCAUGGUGGAUUACGAGACUUCGAGUGGGACCAGCUAGCUAAGGGAGAUGGAGGACUUGAGGAUAGGUUCGGAGCCGGAUUGAAUAGUACCUUCUUUUUUUUGUUUAUUAUCUGGCCAAAGUCAUAUUUUAUAUGUUAUUUUUAUUAUAUGCACCAGACUUGUUUUGUCGUUUUAAAUUUGUUGACGAGGGUUUUUAUUCGAGAGGUAUGAAAGUGUUGAGACGUACGAAAGUGUAGAAAGGCCAUACGGUUUCAUUUUUUUUCUUACAAAAUUUUGAAUUGAAUAUAAAGUUGAUAUUUCAAGCUUGACACAAACAUUUAUGUCUCAACUUCAAAUUUCCUACUUCUAACAGGAAAUUUUGUGUUUUAAACUUGAAAUAUCAAAUUCAAACUCGAAAUUUUGAAUGCAAACUCAAUUGCAAAUUCAAACUCGAAAUUUACAAUUCAAAUACAUCUCAAGUUUAACAACCGCGAAAUUUUGAGUUCGGUUUUGAAAUUUUGAGUUUUGAGUUUGAAAUGUGGAAAUAAAAAAUAGUCUCAAAAUUUGAUAUUUUGUGUUUAAACUCGAAAUUUUAAGUCCAAACUUGAAAUUUGAAUGCUCUCAGUUUCAACUCAAAAUUUUGAUUUUAAAUAUGAGACCACAAACUCGAAAUUUUUCUAGUUUGAUUUCAAACUUUAUAAAUAAACAGAAGUAAAAACAUUGAAUGUACAUAAUUCAUUUUCUUUCGUUCAUUAAAUUCAAGUUCGAAUUUGAAAUUUUGUUUUGAAAUCCAAAAUUUCGAGUUCAGGUUU